GGAAAUUCCCGCUGUUCCACCCUGAGCCAGCCUGGCCCGGCUGAGGAUGGCCUCUCGCCCUGCCUGCCUCCCGUGCUGCAGCGUUGGGAGCCCGGGAGUCCGUGUGUGCAGCUGCAGCCUGUCCCGCGGCUCAGGCCCUUCCUGCUGAAGAGGCUCCAAAGGACACGGACACACCGUCCCCGCUCGGGCUCGCUGCGACACGCUCCGCACCGAGGCGCGGCCCGGCUCCGCCCGGAGCGAAGGCGGUGGCACCCAGCCCCCGGCGGGGCGGCGCCGGGCCGGGCCGGGCCAUGGCGAGCGCGGCGCGGGGCGCCUGGAGCGAGUGGCCCGUGGAUCACUUCCUGCGCUGCGGGCGCAUCGCGGCCCGGGACGGGGCUGCCGUGCGCUGGUUCCACGCCGCCAACAGCAGCGCCCGGGCGGCGGAGGCCGCGCGAAGCGAUGUGCACAUGGUGGAGGUGGAUGUUGUCCUUCGGGGAGGGGACGGGGAGCCCAUCCUGGCUCACCCCCCGGACACUGACAGCGACAUCACCCUGCAGGAGUGGCUGGCACAGAUGGGCAGCACCAAUAAAGGCAUCAAGCUCGACUUUAAGAGCCUGGCCGCCGUGGGACCCUCUCUGGAGCUGCUGGGGCAGGCGGGGCAGGCCCUGGACAGACCCGUGUGGCUGAACGGGGACAUCCUGCCCGGGCCCGGCGGGAGCUGCGCGCCGCUGGACGCCCGCGCCUUCCUGCGCGCCGUCACCUCCUCCUGCCCCGAUGCCACCCUGUCCCUGGGCUGGACCACAGGCUGCCACCGAGGGCAAGGCUAUGAGUGGCCCGCGGUGCAGGAGAUGUGGCAGCUGUGCCUCCCGCUGUCGCAGCCGGUGUCGUUCGCGGUCAGGGCUGCGCUGGUGCCCGGCUCCAUCCCGCAGCUGCAGUGGCUGCUGCAGCAGUGCCCCAGGUUCAGCCUCACUGUUUGGACAGGAAAGGAAGAUGUGUACUCUGUAGAAGACUUGCUUCUCAUCCGAGAAAAUUUUGAUAAAAGUAGGGUUUAUUAUGACAUUUUUGAGCCACAAAAUUCUGAAUUCAGAAAAGCCAUUGGAAUAGAACAGUAAAUGCAGAGCAGGCAGUGCCUGACCCUGCAGUGCUUUACAUUGUAAACCCCUUUAAAUGUGAGGACUUUUCAAGUCAAAGAAACGCACUUUCCCUGCCAGAAGGGCUGUGCUGAGCACGCCUGUGGUUCCUGGGGGAGGUUUUGUUUGGCACUGUGGGGAAAGGCCUCCCACACAGAGAUGCAGUGCCUUGCCCGUGGUGCCUGCUCGCGGCGUGGGACCCCGGUGCCACGCUGCAGGAGGGGAGAGUGACACUGCCAGCUGCUCUGCCCGUGCUCCCCGUGCCUGGGGUCACUGUGGCCGUGGUGCAGGUGUCCCCGUGUCCGUGCUCCCUGUGCCCAGGCAGUGCCAGAGCAGUGCCAUGGCCAGUGAGCGGCCCUGGCGGGUGCUGCGAGCUGGGCUGGGUGUGGCAGCAGUGACAGUGCUGUCCCCAUCAGUGCU